AGUCACUGAUCUGUAACGGCUGGUUUCGUAGAGCAGACCGCGUAUCUAUAAAUCGCGUGAUCUUCAGCCAAAACGGCAAGCAGCGUCAAGAUUAUACCAAACAUUAGGUGACAUUCGUUGACGGUAGAUCCUGACGCCGACGCCUUUUAUGGUGGAUUCUUCAUAAUCUUCCAGCUCCACUGAGAUAGAUUUUGCGCUGAUCGAUUUCCUUCUUUUCACCUUUAUAGUACGUCCAUGGAGAUUAUUACUAGGUUUCACUCCUUUUUUCUCUUAGGUCUCGUUUCAGGUUUUGUACCUCCCUUACUGGUUGCUUCCGUCGGCAUCAACUACGGUCAGAUCGCGAACAAUCUCCCUUCGCCCCAAAACGUCGUCCCUCUGCUUCGAUCGAUCGGCAUCAAUAAAGUAAAGCUUUAUGAUGCAGAUCCUCGAGUACUUCGUGCCUUCGCCAACACCAGUGUUGAAUUUGUUGUCGCUCUCGGGAACCAAUACCUGGCAAAAAUGACGGAUCCGGAGAAAGCUCGAGCCUGGGUGAAAACGAACGUUCAAUCGUUCUUGCCAGCAACCAACAUCACUUGCAUCACCGUAGGGAACGAGGUUUUAACAUUUAACGACACAUCUCUGACGGAGAACCUCCUCCCUGCAAUGCAAAACGUUCACACGGCACUCGUAAGCCUGGGCUUAGACAAGCAGGUCACUGUUACAACUGCGCACUCGCUAGCGGUGCUUGAGAACUCCUAUCCACCGUCUGCCGGAUCUUUCCGCCGAGAUCUAACGGAGUACAUCUCUCCCAUCUUAAACUUCCAUGUGAAAACCGGUUCCCCCUUCCUCAUCAACGCAUAUCCGUUCUUUGCCUACAAGGGAAACCCGAAACAGGUAUCUCUCGACUUCGUUCUGUUCCAGCCGAACCCAGGGGUUGUGGAUCCGGGCUCCAACCUCCGGUACGACAACAUGUUGUUCGCUCAGAUGGACGCCGUGUACGCUGCGCUUGCAUCGCUAGGAUACAAGAAGCUGCCAGUGCAGAUUUCGGAGACUGGUUGGCCUUCCAAGGGAGACGAAGACGAAGUCGGCGCGACUCCGGAAAACGCGAAAAAGUAUAAUGGGAAUCUGAUGAAACUGGUGGCUCUGAAGAAGGGGACGCCAUCCAGACCAAGCUCGGAUUUGAAUAUUUAUGUUUUUGCUCUGUUUAACGAGAACAUGAAGCCAGGACCGACAUCGGAGAGGAAUUACGGACUCUUCAAGCCCGAUGGGACACCGGCGUACGAGCUUGGACUCGCCAGUACUACUGGAAGCGGUAAUAGCAGUAGCACAGGAGGCACCGGUGGUGUCGGAUAUGCUGCAACUCCGCCUUCGCCGACAAGUUCAUCAACUGGUUACUUGUCUGUGUCUUCUACCGCGGUAGCUAUCAAACUUGAUUAUUUCUUUCUUAUUAGUUGUUUGGUUCUUACCGAGCCAUGGGUUAUGUCAUACUAUUGUGGUGGCUAUACAAGUGGAGAGAAGUUACCCUUUAGAGCUUUUCUUUGGCGUUCGUGUGCUGGGGGCCUUGCCACUGCUGUAAAUCUGCAAAAGCGACAGAUUAAUGUAGAUCCUAUCUGUGCUAGAUGUGGGAAAGGGGUGGAAACUGCGGAUCAUAUCUUGUUGGAUUGUGAGUUUGCUAGAGCCACUUGGUUCGGGUCUAGACUAAGCUUCUCUCCCCUGUCUAAUAGCCCAAAUCUGCAGUCUCUUAUCCAAAGCUGGACGGCAUGGCCCAACUUAGAUAAGGAGCAGAAGCGUCAUUUGGAAAGUUUGGCAGCCUCUACUUGUUGGCAGCUCUGGAAAGCUCAAAAUGACCUCUUCAAUGGUUGUGUGGCGUCUCCAAUGGAGAUCAACAUGAGAGCUGAAAUUAGUUUUGCUGAAUUUGGGCAGGCUCAAAGGAGAACCAAGGCGACCAUCACCGGGGGCUUACUAAGCACAACCACUUCUCUUGUCCCUCCAUGGUGCCCUCCUACUGCUGGUACUUUCCUCCUCAACACUGAUGCUGCUCUUAAGGAAGGUAGUGGAGGCUUGGGCUUUGUUUUUCGGGAUCACAAAUGUGGUCUGCUUUUCAGUGAUUCUCAACCAGAGUGCUUUUCUUCAGUUCUUCUAGGCGAAAGCUUGGCGAUUAGAGGAGGCCUGCUUCCGUGCAUUGCGGAUGGUUUCGACUGUAUAAAGGUGGAGUCUGAUAGCUCUGAAGCUGUGAAGUUUAUUAACUCUACUACUCUUCCUCCUAUAGAGUUCCAGCCUAUUAUUGAAGACAUCAAAUUUUUGAAGGUUCAAUUUACAUCUUGCAGCUUUUUUCAUAUUUCCAGGGAGAUUAACAGUGUGGCUGAUUCCCUGGCUAGGAAGGCAGUCUCAUUAGCAGGAAGAAUGGACUAG